UACGCAUACUUUAUACUGCACCUCCAUUGCCCGUCGCCCCAACUGACAAACGCCUAUUGUCGGUUUUCACUUUUUUAGUUUUACACUUUUACAGUCUCUCAUUUUUAGACUAGUCAGUUGUAGUCGGACGUAUCCUGGUACCUCGCGCGAGUCAGUGUCCAGUGCUGUUGAGACGAACAUAGUCCGAACAAACCGGUUUGCGAAAUUAACAUUUUAAAGUUUUCUUUCAUUAAAUUUGCACCCGACAAAAAUGUUUCGGUUGAUGAAUAAGAUUUCCGGUGCCACACUUCCGGUGGUGCAAAAGUGUUUCGCCAGCAGCGUCCCUAAACCGAUAGUCAACCCACCGAUCAAAUACACUGAGUUAUUUAUUAAUAAUGAAUUUGUAAAAUCUUCAUCUGGUAAGACGUUUGAUACACUCAAUCCAGCUACUGGUGAACCAAUUGCUCAAGUUCAAGAAGGGGAUGCUGUGGACAUCAACAAUGCAGUUGCUGCUGCACAAGAAGCAUUCAAGUUGGACAGCCCUUGGCGCACAAUGGAUGCUUCAAAACGUGGCAUGCUACUCAACAAAUUGGCAGAUUUAAUUCAGCGAGAUGCUGUUUAUUUAGCUACCUUGGAAGCAUUAGACAAUGGCAAACCAUAUAGCGUUGCAAUAUCGGAUGACCUACCAGGAACUAUUGCUGUAUUACGCUACUAUGCUGGUUGGGCAGAUAAAAAUCACGGUAAGGUUACCCCAAUUGAUGGUAAUUAUUUUGCUUAUACACGACAUGAAGCUGUUGGUGUAUGUGGCCAAAUUAUCCCUUGGAAUGUUCCAUUAUUGAUGUUAUCUUGGAAAAUUGGACCAGCUUUGGCGAUGGGGAAUGUUGUUGUUCUAAAGCCAGCUGAACAAACUCCUCUUACUGCUUUAUACAUUGCUAGUCUUGUGAAGGAAGCAGGAUUUCCACCUGGAGUUGUUAAUAUUAUUCCAGGUUAUGGUCCAACUGCUGGCAAAGCUAUUGUCGAUCACCUUGGUGUUGAUAAAAUUGCAUUUACCGGUUCAACUGAGGUUGGUCAAAUCAUAACUGAAGGUGCUGCUAAAAGCAAUCUUAAAAGAGUAACAUUGGAACUAGGUGGUAAAUCUCCAAAUAUAGUUUUCAGUGAUUCUGACAUCGAUCAAGCAGUAGAAAGUGCUCAUUAUGGACUUUUCUAUAAUAUGGGACAAUGUUGUUGUGCUGGUUCUAGAACAUUUGUUCAUGAAUCAAUAUAUGAUGAGUUUGUCGAGAAAAGUGCAAAACGAGCUGAAAAACGAAUUGUAGGAGAUCAGUUUGAUCCAAAAACACACCAAGGACCACAGGUUGAUGAAGAACAAUUAAACAAAAUCCUUAGCAUGAUUGAUAGCGGAAAGAAACAAGGAGCUACACUUGUCACAGGUGGUUCGCGAAUUGGAGACAAAGGAUAUUUUAUACAACCUACUGUAUUUGCUGAUGUUAAGGAUGAUAUGAAAAUAGCAAAAGAAGAAAUUUUUGGCCCUGUACAACAAAUAUUAAAGUUUAGUGAUUUUGACGAAGUAAUUAGCCGAUCCAACAAUACUGACUAUGGGCUGGCAGCAGCAGUGUUUUCAAAGAAUAUUGACACAGUAAAUAAAGCUGUCCAGAGUUUUAGAGCUGGAACUGUUUGGGUUAAUUGCAACCUUGUAUUUGGAGUACAAGCACCAUUUGGUGGUUUCAAAAUGUCUGGUCUUGGAAGAGAAAUGGCUGAAUAUGGUCUGCAACCAUACACCGAAGUAAAAACAGUUAUUGUUGCUACACCAAAAAAAAAUAACUAAUAUGUUUUUAUGAUAAUAUAUGUUAUUAAUUUUAUUUACAUUUUAAAAUUUUAUACUUAUUACUUUAAAAACUAAACAUUACGCUGUGCCAUUUUUUAAGUUAAAUCUAUUUUUUCAUAAAGUUAUUAUUUCACUAUACCAUUAUGUAUUAACUAAUAUAAUUGUCUUAAGAAAAAUAUAUAAAAAGUUUUUCAAUAUUAUCUUUUAUCAAUAAAAUAUUUUAUCAAAACAA